CAAGGCCAGUGGCAGGAAGGAAGUCCCAAGUUGUCGUUCAGUCCCGUUCGACUUAUCCCCUCUCUCUUAAUAAUAUCUCGUCGACGUCGACAUCCUUUUUCAGACAACAACUCAUUUCGACGAUCCGUUACGAUACCAUCCGACCCAAGGCAAGCCGGUCUUGCUCUGUAUCUACAGUCCUUCGACAACGCACAUAUAGUCUCGACGACUUAAUACCCCCGAUAACUUAAUAUUCUUGUUUCCGAACACUGGUCGCUUGGAGAAUUUGAUAUUCACUUAGCGCAACAGGGCAAUUAAUCAUCUCAGUGGGCCAAACUGAGUGGAUCUGGACCUAGACCUGGACCUGGACCUGGACUGUGACUAGACUGGGGCCCCGGCUCUCGCUUCCCGCUAUCACUCAAGUUCAAGGGUCACCCCCCCUUCUCCUCUUUUCCAACCUACACGCCCUCCCAACCACCACACACCCACCCCCCAGUUCCCUUGGGGCCUUUUGUUCCCAGUCAACGCAGGGUACCCAUCUCGUCAAGCACACAGAGGUACAAAUGUCAACAAUAUCCCCCAACCUUCAAGCCAACCUCGCGACAGCAUCGCCAGUACCAAAGAUGGCUGUCGCAUCGGCAACAAAGACAAAGUCGGCCAAGGCCGCGGCCGCCACUGCUAAUGGCACUUCCAACAAAAAGAGCCAGAUGCACCGCCGCUCAAGAACAGGCUGCUACACAUGCAGAUUAAGGAGGAAAAAGUGUGAUGAGGGUCAACAUGUUUGCUCAGCAUGCAAGCACCUCGGUCUCGUAUGCGAAUACAAGCGCCCGCACUGGUGGAGCAACAACGAGGCCAGGAGGCGACACAAAGAUGAUAUCAAGACAAUCAUCAAGAAGAAGAAGCUCGCCGAGAAGGGUGCCCACGCUGUUCAAACCGCCAUGAGCUCUCCCCCUGGCCUGUCUCACUCUAUCCCGUCGCUGCCAACUUCGGCCACCUUCUCAGACCCUCUCGACAGGACACGAUCCGCCUCCAUCGACUCGCACUUCAGUUUCAACUUCAACAGCCCGCCAACAACAGGCUCAGAAUAUGGCGCAUUCACCCCUCAGUUACACCCCGACUUUAUGUUCACCGGACCAUAUGCUUCGCCCUACGAGAUCGACGUCAAGACUGAGAGGCAAAUGUUUGUGAAUGAUGUGCCUACCCUCAGAGAAUCAACAACGUCGACCUUUAGCACCUGCUACACGCCGCCGCCGCCGGGCACAACCCUGCCGUCGUUCCCUCUGGAAGGCGAAUGGACUGAACAGGUGUGUUCGGAGCGGCGCGAGUCCUUCACCGAGGAGACUCUCAAUGUCAACUUCUUCGACUUUGCCCAUGGCCGCUCGAUGCAGUCAAGGCAGGUUGCCAUUGAGCUUGACGAGGGUGACCAACGCCUCCUGGAUCAUUUUGUCCGACAUGUUCUGCCGACUAUCUUCCCUAUACUGGAGUCGAACCAACACGGCUCGGUCGGCUCAGACCUAAUCCUGCCGGCGCUUCAGAGCAACAAGGGCUACCUUCACUGCUGCUUGAGCAUCGCCGCUCAACACCUCAAGGCUGCAACCGGUUCCCAGAGCGAGGAUAUGGAUGCCGACAUCAUGAGACACCGCUACGCGACCAUCUCUGCGCUUUGCGACGCUUUGAACCGCGACGAGAACCAUCAACAAAUUCUCGAGGCUGCCCUUGGCUUGAUCUUCUUCCAGUGCGGCGUCGGGCGCUUCGACGAUGCCCUUCCAGACAUUGCGUGGCACCAGCACUUCCAGGCUGCCAUUUCUCUUGUGCAGAAGCUUGACCUUCCCCGCAUUGUCUCAGACCCCAACGACGAGGCUGCACCAACACAGUUCAACAUGACCCUCACUGCGUGGAUCGAUAUCCUUGGCGCUACAAUGCAGGGCCGCGCACCCACCUUCGCCCACACCUACCGUGAAAAGCAUUUGUCUGCGACCAACCCAUCGCUGGGGCUUCGCGAGCUCAUGGGAUGUGAAGAUCGCGUCAUGUACCUCAUCUCCGAGAUCGCCUGUCUCGAGGCACUCAGGAAUGACGGGAUGGACGACAUUACUCUUUGUCAACACGUUCAUGUUCUUGGUGACCAAAUCGGUCUCACCGAGGUUGGCGAGACUGCCCCUAAGCUGCCAUUCAACUCUAAUGGUUCGCUGAGCCCAAAGCAGCUGAGCAAGAACAUCACGGCGGCAUUCAGGCUUGCGGCGCGGAUUUACCUGUGCAGCCUUGUGCCUGGCUUCAACCCUACUCAGGCUAGCUGCAUCGGCCUGGUCGAGAAGCUGACCAACAUUCUCCAACACAUCCCCUCGGGUCACCAGGGAUUCGACCGCUCUCUUGUGUGGGUUUACCUGGUUGGCGGGUCCGUCAGCCAGCCUGGGUCGUCUUUCCGUGGCUUCUUCGAGGACCGCGUUGCGCAACUCGGGGAGGCAGCCAACUUUGGCUCCUUUGGCCGUGUCAGCUCACUGCUGCGAGAGACUUGGAUCGAGGCCGACCAGCUCGUGGCUAUGCAGUCUCAGGCUUGCUCACCUGCUGCAUCAGAGACAGGGAGCGUGAUCCCUACACACUACAUCCACUGGAGAGAUGUCAUGCAGACAAAGGGUUGGGAUUACCUACUUGUCUAGAAGACGGGUGAUGCAUGCCUUCGCCCAAUGAAAAAAAAAGAAGAAAAAAGGAGAAAAAAAAAACUUAUCUGUUCAAAUUCGUGUUGGUGAUUAAGAUUAGAGGGUGCCGCGAGGCAUACAGAGUUGAUCCAGAUGACACUGGUUUCUUUGGGACUUCUUUCUAACCUGGAGAUUGGGACACUUCCGGGAAGAAACCUUUUCUGGCUUGGUGAUUUGAGAGCAAGCGUUGAAUAUUGAUGAUGGAGAUGACGUCGACGAGUUGAAGCGGUCAUGUGAUAUGGCCUUUUUGGUUCCAUAAGAACCAAACAAAUUUCCUUCUCCCUUUCCUACUCUCAUUUGUACAUCUCUUCUUUUUCUUAUCUGGUUGUACCAAGCGUGCAUGGGGCGAGGAGUUAUGAUCGGGUCUGGGACACGGUUUUUAUGUCUUUUCGGUGGGAAAUGGGGGACACGGAAGUCCAAGGGAUCAUUCAUCAGAAGAGAGGGCUCGGAAUGGGAUGAAGAUUAUUUUAGUCUAUUCUAGCUGGACAUUAUACCCCGGAUUUCACACAGCGAAUCCAAAUAACAAAACAUUUACACGAAAGAAAGGAACCCCAUAGCCUGCAUCAUUGUCUUGUCUCUU